AUGGCGUCCACGUCGGCACCCAGCCUGAUUCACUUUGGGCCUUUUGAGGUGACCAAGCAAGUUUUCCUCACGACCUCCCACUCCUUUGCGCUCGUAAACCUCAAGCCCCUGCUCCCCGGUCACGUCCUCGUCUGUCCGCUUCGGAGGCACAAACGCCUCACCGACCUCACAACCCCCGAGAUCACCGACCUCUUCACCACCGUCCAGCUCGUCCAGCGACUGCUAGCGCGGCACUACUUCCAGCCGACGCCCACGGAGACGGGGGCCGUGAUUCCCGCGCCGCCAGAGGAAGGACGUCUCGGCCAAGGACCCUCCGGCGACGGGGAUGCCCUCUACGAAAGGAUGGCGACGGAGGAGGGCAACGUAGGGGGCGCCCACUGGGAUAGGGUAGAGCUGGAGGCCAAGCGGCCCGUAGGCGGAGGGGCUUUUGCCAGGAUCGAGGAUGCGCUGAGGCAGUCUCGAUCGCUGGAGGACAUGAUACGGGAGGUAGAGGUGUACAAGAAGGUGCUCAAGGAUAUGGGCGCGUAA